AUGAUUGCUCUCAUGGGGAAGCUAGGCGACGAAGGCGUUAGGAAUAACAACGUGUUAAGAUCGAGGAAAUACGAGGAAAAAGUUCAUCACAUGGAUUUCUUCAUUUACAUGAUUAAUAAUACUCCGGAGGAAAAAGAAAAAGAAAAAGAAAUCGAUAUCGGCAUCAGAAAGGGUCCAUGGACGGUUGACGAGGAUACCAUUCUCGUCAAUUACAUCACCACCCACGGUGAAGGUCACUGGAAUUCCGUCGCACGUUCUGCAGGCCUGAGGAGAAGCGGGAAAAGUUGCAGAUUAAGGUGGCUAAACUACUUGCGACCCGACGUGCGGCGUGGAAAUAUCACGCUCCAAGAACAGAUAUUGAUUCUUGACCUUCAUUCUCGGUGGGGCAAUAGGUGGUCGAAGAUCGCUCAGCACUUGCCGGGGAGAACAGACAAUGAAAUAAAGAACUAUUGGAGGACCAGGGUGAUAAAGCAGGCGAAGCAGCUCAAGUGCGAUGUAAACAGCACACAGUUCAGAGACGCGUUGCGUUACGUGUGGAUGCCCCGCUUGCUGGAGCGGGUUCAGCCCACACCGCACACUCUCCAGGGUCCAAGCCCAAACCCAUAUGGAGCCGGGGUCCAAAACGGUUCAGACUCAGGAACAGAGUGUGCAAAAGCGAACCACUUCUCCUGCGCCGGUGGUGCUUACUCGGACUCAUCAUCCGGGGAGUUGCAAGUUCCUUCGAAUUCGGAUCACAGUGAUUCUUCGGGUCUUGAAAAAGGGUCGGGUCCAUGGGCAGGUUUGAGUAACCAGAUUUUUGAACAGGGGAACGGUGAGUCGUUAGAAAGCCUGUGGAACGAUGAGAGUAUAUGGUUUUUGCAGCAACUUUCUGAUGAGGUGGAUAUAAAAUACAAUUCCCUUCCGUGACGCAUCCUCCAAUGCACAGUGCCAAAAGUUAAGCGUGCGUUGACGGUUUUGCUCACUUUUAUGUACAAAUUACUACUAUCAUUAGGGGAUGAGUUUUCCUAGGGGAAUUCAUGUCUCAAAUUUACCUUUUCUAUUAUACUUUUGUUAUGUAUCGUGAUUUUAUAUUUUUUGUUCUCUUUAUAAGUAAUUAAUAAUAGCUGCAUGAGAAAUGCAAAAUAGUACCAGUGG